UCUCUCUCUCUCUCUCUUAGUUUUUAUUGGUUGAUAGAUGGCUGUGCCUGUGCCGCCUUUAAACGAAUUGCCGGUGGGUUACCGAUUCAGUCCUAAAGACGAAGAACUCAUCAAUCACUUUUUACGACUGAAGAUCAACGGUUAUGAGAAUGCAGACAGCGUUAUCCGUGAGGUUGAUGUCUGUAAAUGUGAACCUUGGGACUUACCUGAUAAGUCGAUAGUAGAAACGAUCGAUAAUGAGUGGUUCUUCUUCUGUCCGAAGGAUAGGAAGCAUCAGAAUGGACGGAGAUUGAACAGAGCCACGGUGGCAGGGUUCUGGAAGGCGACUGGUAAAGACAGGGUAAUCAAGUCUGGUAGAGUGAAGAUUGGCUUGAAGAAAACUCUGGUCUUCUACACUGGGCGUGCUCCCAACGGAAAGAGGACUAAUUGGGUAAUGCACGAAUACCGUGCCACUGAUAAGGCACUCGAUGGCACCCACCCUGGACAGGGUGCAUUUGUACUCUGUCGUCUAUUUAAGAAGACAGACGAAACUGUUGAAGAUUCCAACUGUGAGGACGUUGAACAGAUUGUUUCUUCUCCUUCAGUAGUUAUAUCUCCCCCUGGAGAUAUACACCCAGAGCCAGUGACUCCAGUGCCGGGUAGAGAAGCUGAAAAGCAUCCUUCAAUCAUUGAAAAUACAAUACCGGAUGCUUCUUUACCUAUUGAAUGGCAAAGUAAUAGUGCUGAUGAUGCAGCAUACCCCGUGUUAGACACAACAUCCCUCCCGCCGGACACGGAGCUGGAAAAAUUGUUGGAAGAUUUUUACCCUACGCCAGAACCAAUCUUUUUCCCAAUUCCCACGCAGAUGCAGGUGGAGCAUGGAUCUUCUGACUUAGAUGGUCUGUUUACUGGUGACGUUGGCAAUAACAAUAACUUGAUGCAGUUUCUAGACGGCGCAAAUACACUAGAUGAUAUUAACGAGUUCUUGAACUCAGCCCUACUUUGCUCAGACGAGCAUUUCGGUGGAGAUGCUGGCAGUAAUAGGAUUUCAACUGUUGAAACUGAGACCUCCAAGAACAUUAACAGAUUAGAGGAUGGUUCAAUUAAGCACAGUGGAUCAUGCAGCAACUCUGACGCGGAAGGACAGAUUGAGCCAGGCUUUUAUAACGCUGAGUUGCAAGCAGAAAAUGUUGAGCGGGAGGUUAUUUCACAGAUAGAUACAGCUUCGGGACCUUACUGGGCACAAGAUAUAUUGAAUGAUGAUCACAUCAGAAACAUUAGUUUCCUGCCACACAAUUAUAUUUCUGAGGCAAAUUCUUUCUCUGGUGUAUCUUCUGGCGAUCAAAUCUCCAGUUUGGUCAAUAUUGGAGAACCAAGCAGUCAGAGCUACACAGUCUGCAGUGACGAUACAUUUGAAACUGGCAUUAAGAGGAGGACUCGCCAGCCACAAGCUCAACCAAGUUCACAGGACUUUGCAACUCAUGGAACUGCUCGAAGAAGAAUUCGUUUUCAGAUGAAACUUCAAGUUGGACCAGUUCAAUGCAGUCUGCCUAGGGAUUUGAGUUCCUGUGAAGAAAGGCCUGAAGUAAAACCACCAGGGGCUGAGGUGAGAUUUUUUCAUGGUGAUGCUUACCAACUUUCAUAAUGCUGCUUCUUGGAUUGUGACAUCCAUGGAAUUGGCAUGUGCAGGAUGAAGAAGCUACCGAGAAGCCUACUUCUGCUACCGCUAGUGCUUCUGCUAUCACAGAUGAGACUGAGGAUAUAUUCCUGUCUGAAUCGAAUAACGAUGGUAAGAAGGUUGCCCAGGAUUUAAGCACAAAUGUGAAGUCUGAAGGUGAUUUUCCAACAAGCGGCCGCAAAAAGGUUCCCUCUGUGUACUCGAAGACUGCAGCAUUCCACUCAAUUUUAUCAUCUCUGUAUAUGCCUAGGGUACUUUUGGCUUUGGUUUUGUUCAUAGCCUUCAUUGGCACAUGGGGAUCAUUUAGAAUUUGAAGUUGCUUAGAGAAAGAGAGUUUUUUUUUUUUUUUU